GCAGGAGGAGACUACUUAAAGGCGGAUUAACGCUGGCAAGACAUUAAAUCCAACCUCCCUCGAUCCAGACGCAGCGCGCGACCCAUCAACCUGAUCUGAAGAUAGAAAAUAGGAGGGCUUAUAGUAAUCAGCCCUUCAGACUCCCAUGAGAAAGAAAAGUGUAGCAGCGUCGCGCGAGCGCUGAGCAGCGGACACAGCACACUCGCACUCUCACAUAUACAACUCCGCACGGCGCGCAAGAGCGCGAGAAAGAGAGAGAGAGAGAUAGAGAGAGGGGAGAGAGAGAGAGGGGGACGGCGGUUUCAACACGAGAUCAAUGCAUUUGCCAGAUAAACUCGGAACCUCUGGAGAGUGACAACGAACGGGACGUGGAAAUAACCACAAUUUUGCAGGAAUUCAACCAGAGUGCCGCGCGCCCUCGUCUUCUCCGGAUGAACAGAAAUGGGGGAAUGGACCAUACUAGAGAGGCUCCUGGAGGCUGCUGUCCAGCAGCACUCUACUAUGAUAGGAAGGAUCCUACUAACUGUGGUGGUGAUCUUCCGGAUUCUAAUCGUAGCAAUAGUUGGAGAGACAGUCUAUGAUGACGAGCAGACCAUGUUUGUUUGCAACACCCUACAACCGGGCUGUAACCAGGCUUGCUACGACAAGGCUUUCCCAAUAUCACACAUCCGAUAUUGGGUUUUUCAGAUAAUUAUGGUGUGCACUCCGAGUCUUUGUUUUAUUACAUACUCGGUGCAUCAGUCAGCUAAGCAGAAGGAGCGGCGGUAUUCUACCGUCUUCCUGAGUCUGGAUAAGGAUCAAGAUUCAAUGAAACGUGAUGACAGCAAAAAGAUUAAAAACACAAUUGUUAACGGAGUACUUCAGAACACAGAGAACUCCACCAAAGAAUCGGAACCGGACUGUUUGGAAGUCAAAGAGAUUCCCAAUUCGGUCAUGAGAACUACUAAAUCAAAAUUGCGGCGACAAGAGGGUAUUUCGAGGUUUUACAUAAUCCAAGUGGUUUUCAGAAACGCGCUGGAAAUAGGUUUUUUAGUGGGUCAAUAUUUCUUGUACGGAUUCAACGUCCCAUCGGUGUACGAAUGUGAUCGAUACCCCUGCAUAAAAGAUGUCGAGUGCUACGUUUCCAGACCAACGGAGAAGACAGUUUUUUUAGUCUUCAUGUUUGCGGUCAGUGGUUUCUGUGUGGUGCUGAAUCUGGCAGAACUCAAUCAUUUGGGCUGGAGGAAGAUCAAAACGGCCGUGCGAGGUGUGCAAGCUAGGCGGAAGUCCAUAUAUGAGAUAAGAAAUAAGGACUUGCCCCGCAUGAGUGUGCCCAAUUUCGGUCGCACUCAGUCCAGUGACUCUGCUUAUGUGUAGCACAUGGAGACACUAACAGAAAAUGGACAAUGUGCAGUGAAAAAAAAAUGUAACCACAAUGAACGGGAUGGACGGAUGCUCGCGCCUGAUCCAUGUCAUCCUCAGAAGAGUGGCCAGAGUUUUGAUUUGUUUGUCUUUUACUGACUUUUUUGCAGGCGUGAAUUACACGUUUGUUGACUUAUUUGUUAUAUUGCACUGAUGCAACUUUUUAGUAAACGUUUAUACUCGUGUAAAGCGCUAAAUAGAGACCAUGUUGACGUGUUCAUGCAUCCUCUCUGUGGGCUGGUCUAGUGUACUUGAAGAGAGUCAAUGCAAAUUGCACUAAGAGGUGAACACGGGGAUCCAAACCGAUCCCAAAAUGUGCUAUAGACGGUGUUUUUAAACAUUUUCCACCGACUUUUGACACCAACCUAUUUCAGCGACACAAUACACACCGGCUGAAGUAAAAAAGAAAAAAAAAACUAUCCUCCAGAUUUAUAUAUGCAUAGAUAUAUAUAAAUCCAUUUUAACUAUGGAUCGACGUAGUUGAAAUACAUCAGCAUCAUUCAUGUUUUUUGUUGCCUGUGUUGCACCACUGACCUUAACGUAUGUAAUCAUUCCAUUGCUAUAUAGCUGACUUGCAAAACAGUAUCUGGUGGAUUUGCUGCAAACGCUAACGUCUGUGACUUCCUUAAUUUAUAACACACCAAAGCGCCCACUGCUUUCAUUUGUGAAGUGUUUUCUUGCUUUUGUGUAAUCAAGUGCCAUACUUGUAUAUAAAACA